AUGGAAACUCAUCAGAGCUGCUGCCGCAGUUUGAACAGGAUGCUGUGUCUAGGAGCUGAUGAAGACCAGGAACAACAGCAUGGUAGGAAUGCAGUGGUCCUGAAGGCUGGAGAGGAAGGAGGAAAGAAAGGGCUUGUACAGAGUGAGCUUGCUCAGGGUGAGCUUGGUCAGGGCGAACUUGCUCUGGGCAAACUUGCCCCAAGCAAGCCUGCUCAAGAAGAGCUUGCUCAGUCCGGUCUUACUCAGGAAGCCACAGGAGCGGUAGAGGCGGGAGAAAACGAAGAAGAAGAAAUGGAAGGAAAACACGCUGGCGAUGGGAGUUCUGGCCCCAUGGAAACGGCGAUCCAUGCGGAAGGUGGUCAUGGUGGCAGUGUUCCACAGCAGCCUCAGCAAGAGGCAGCAAUGCCUGAGGGCACCAACAGUCUCCAGGCUGGGGACAGGCUGCCUUUACAGCGCCGCACCAGAUUCACCCAGUCUCAGCUGCAGGCACUAGAGCGACUUUUCCAAGAGACUCGCUACCCCACCUUGCGAGCAAGGUAA